UCCAAGACAGAGAUCAUUAACCAAGGGAAGAGAGUUAAAAAAGACUUUGACCUUUAGAGAAAGCAAAUUCGAGGAGUAACCUUUAUCUGCGAGUGAAAACAAACAAAAGGGUUUUUGAAAUUCUCAAAACGAUGCCAUCAUUGCCUCUCUCAAAUCAUAAAAAAAUCAAAAGUGUUUCCUUUUCUCAAUCUGGGCAGAUCAAUGGGCACACAAAGUUUGUAGCUUUACCAAAGACAAAAGAGAUCUUGUUGAACUGGUUGAUGAUUGGAACAUAUGUUUUGAUGAGGGUUUUGCUUUGUAAGAUCCAGUGCCCUUCUUUCAUCUGCUUCUGUAAGCCUUCUCCUCACAUCUACGCAUCUGGUUCUCUGAAAUUGGAGGACACUCCUCCUCCUCCUCCUCCUCCUCCUCCUCCUCCUCAAGUCUCUUCGGUUGUUGAUGACGGUGAUGAUGAUGAUCAGUUUGUUGAUGCACAAGUAGAGGAAGUUGUUGAUCACGUUGAUGGUUUGUUGAAUGAGGCUAGAGAAGAAGAGGGAAAGGAAGAAGAUUGUGCCUUAGAGGAAGGUCAAAGUAAUGGAGAGAUCCUGAAAAGUAGUCUAAAAAAGAAAACUUUAGAUUCAGAGGAUGGUGAGAGAAGGGAGAAGAAGAAGGUGCAGUGGGUGGAUUUGAUGGGGAAAGAACUUGCUGAGAUCCGUGAAUUCGAGUCUAGUGAAGAAGAAGAGAUCAGAUAUGAUGGCGAUAGAAGCUGUGUUUGCGUUAUUCUGUGAUCAAUUCAGUUUGGUUAAGGCAAUGGUGGAAGGUGAAGAAGCUGUUGGUCUUGUAGCUUUGGAAUACAUUGAGCUAGUAGUACAUAUAGUAGUAGAAUCUGCGAUUGCGUUCUUGAACCAAUCUACAUUUGCUAGCCUGAGGUUAUAUGAUGUUUCCAGAUAUGGAAUGGUGGCAUUCUGUAACGGUUUUAGGAUUGUGAAAAGAAUUGUUUUCUAUGACAUUUGUUUCUUUGACCACUUAGUGAAUGGCUCUCUCGCUCUGA